AUGAGAAUUGUAUUACAAAAAGUCAGUCAAGCAUCAGUUACAGUAGAUUCUCAGAUUAUAUCCAAUAUAAAACAUGGAUAUAUGUUACUUGUUGGUAUUUCAAUAGAUGACACUAUUGAAGAUAUUAAAAAAUUAAGUAAUAAAGUUCUUACGUUACGUCUUUAUGACGAUAAUGAAAACAGUGCCAUGUGGAAACAGAACAUUCAAGAGGCCCAAGGUGAAAUAUUGAGUGUGUCGCAGUUUACGCUGUAUGCCAGAACCAAAAAGGGAACCAAACCAGAUUUCCAUUUGGCGCAGAAGGGCCACAUUGCACAGGAUCUAUAUAAUGAAUUUUUAUUGCAAUUACGUGGGAAACUGGGCGACGAUAAAGUCCAGGAUGGUAAAUUUGGUGCAAUGAUGAGUUGUGCAUUGACAAAUGAGGGCCCCGUAACGAUCAUCUUGGACAGUAACAAUUAA